UUUUUUUUUGUUGAACAUGAACAUACAAAAUUCGACUUUCAAUUUUUUUUUUUUUUUUAUUCAAAUUUUAAAAUGAACACAAAUCAAGGUAUUAUAUCGUUAACAAAAUGGAUUACCGGUGCCAGUUUUGUCAUAUUAGCCGUUGGUAUAAUGUUUGUACCAUCGGAUGAGGAAAAAAUCCGUAAAAUGAAGGAAAGAAUCAAAGCCAUGGAUAAUGUUGAUAAUAAAAAAAAGAAUCAAUCCACAAUCAGUGAAUGGCUUACGGGUAAACCUAAAACACCAUCUUCCACUACUCCAAUGACAAAAAAUAUCAAUCAACAGGCAAAAGAAUCGAAUGAAAAAACAACAAAUGUGAACAUUUUUAAAGAAUUAUGAAACCCACCACUCA